AUGGUGGGAAUCAAGAUGGCGGCGGCAGCGGCAGCAGCCAGUAUUCGGGAAAGGCAGACAGUGGCUUUGAAGCGUAUGUUGAAUUUCAAUGUGCCUCAUGUUAAAAACAGCACUGGAGAACCAGUAUGGAAGGUGCUCAUUUAUGACCGGUUUGGCCAAGAUAUCAUCUCCCCUCUGCUAUCUGUGAAGGAGCUGAGAGACAUGGGAAUCACUCUGCAUCUGCUUUUACACUCUGAUCGAGAUCCUAUUCCAGAUGUUCCUGCAGUGUACUUUGUAAUGCCAACUGAAGAAAAUAUUGAUAGAAUGUGCCAGGAUCUUCGAAAUCAAAUCUAUGAAUCAUAUUAUUUAAAUUUUAUUUCUGCUAUUUCAAGAAGUAAACUGGAAGAUAUUGCAAAUGCAGCAUUAGCAGCUAGUGCAGUAGCACAAGUAGCCAAGGUUUUUGAUCAGUAUCUCAAUUUUAUUACUUUGGAAGAUGAUAUGUUUGUAUUAUGUAAUCAAAAUAAGGAACUUGUUUCAUAUCGUGCCAUCAACAGGCCAGAUAUCACAGAUACAGAAAUGGAAACUGUUAUGGAUACUAUUGUUGACAGCCUCUUCUGCUUUUUUGUUACACUGGGUGCUGUUCCUAUAAUCAGAUGUUCAAGAGGAACAGCAGCAGAAAUGGUAGCAGUGAAACUAGAUAAGAAACUUCGGGAAAAUCUAAGAGAUGCAAGAAACAGUCUUUUUACAGGUGAUACACUUGGAGCUGGCCAAUUCAGCUUCCAAAGGCCUUUAUUAGUCCUUGUUGACAGAAACAUAGAUCUGGCAACUCCUUUACACCAUACUUGGACAUAUCAAGCAUUGGUGCAUGAUGUACUGGAUUUCCACUUAAACAGAGUUAAUUUGGAAGAAUCUUCAGGAGUAGAAAACUCUCCAGCUGGUGCUAGACCAAAGAGAAAGAGCAAGAAGUCUUAUGAUUUAACUCCAGUGGAUAAAUUUUGGCAGAAACAUAAAGGAAGGUAAGUAAGAAAAGUAUCAGUAAUUAAGAGAUUUAUCCCUUAAAGAGAAAUGAAGAAAUCAUCUGACCUAAUGGAUUUGAGGGAAAAAAAUGAAAGGGUAAUAAUGGUGAUGUCUGUGGGACUAGAAGGGGAAGAUGAAGGAGCCAUAAGUAUGCUUUCCGACAAUACUGCUAAGCUAACAUCAGCUGUUAGUUCUUUGCCAGAACUCCUUGAAAAAAAGAGACUUAUUGAUCUUCAUACGAAUGUUGCCACUGCUGUUUUAGAACAUAUAAAGGCAAGAAAACUGGAUGUAUAUUUUGAAUAUGAAGAAAAAAUAAUGAGCAAAACUACUCUGGAUAAAUCUCUUCUAGAUAUAAUAUCAGACCCUGAUGCAGGAACUCCAGAAGAUAAAAUGAGGCUGUUUCUUAUCUAUUACAUAAGCACACAGCAAGCACCUUCUGAGGCUGAUUUGGAACAAUAUAAAAAAGCUUUAACUGAUGCAGGAUGCAACCUUAAUCCCUUACAAUAUAUCAAAAAGUGGAAGGCUUUUGGUAAGAUGGCCUCAGCUCCUGCCAGCUAUGGCAACAUGACCACUAAACCAAUGGGUCUCUUGUCACGAGUCAUGAAUACAGGAUCACAGUUUGUGAUGGAAGGAGUGAAGAAUCUGGUAUUGAAACAGCAAAAUCUGCCUGUUACUCGUAUUUUAGACAAUCUCAUGGAGAUGAAGUCAAACCCUGAAACUGAUGAUUAUAGAUAUUUUGAUCCCAAAAUGCUACGGGGCAAUGACAGCUCAGUUCCCAGGAGCAAAAAUCCAUUCCAAGAGGCAAUUGUUUUUGUGGUGGGAGGAGGCAACUACAUUGAAUAUCAAAAUCUGGUUGACUACAUAAAGGGGAAACAAGGCAAACAUGUUUUAUAUGGCUGCAGUGAAAUUUUCAAUGCUACACAGUUCAUAAAACAGUUGUCACAACUUGGACAAAAAUGACACA